AGGACGGAGUUAAUUAAUGGAGUGCAAGUGCCACUGAUGCUACUUGGAGAUCCUGCUUAUCCUCUUCAUCACUGGCUAAUGAAAGGCUUCCCUGUCAGGGAAAACAUUACGAGAGAACAGCGAAGGUUUAAUUACAGGCUGUCUAAAGCACGGAUGGUGGUUGAGAGAAGCUUUGGGAUGCUGAAAGGGAGGUGGAGAUUGUUGAUGAAGCGUAAUGACAGUGCUUUGAGAAAUAUCUCCCAUAUGGUGCUUUCAUGCUGCAUACUCCACAACUUCUGCAUUGAAGAAGGGGAGGUGUACAACCCAGAGUGGGAUAACGUGGUUGAGGACAAUCCACUACAACAGCCACAACCCCAAGAACCAAGACCCCAGGCAAAUCCAACCGGGAAUGAGACACGUGAAGCAUUAGUGGGCUACUUUCAAAAUCAGUAACCUGUGCACUAUUACUCGCCUUGUAGUGGUAUUCUGCAAACGCUAUCUAGUUACUCGCGAGAACAUUUGUUGCACCUUUAGCAGACAAUGGACUCUAUUUUAGGUACAUGUAUAAUGUAUCAUAAAAUGUACAUACAAAAUGUAUCUGUAAAUAUUUUUUAUUUGUUUGCUGUAAUCUGUAUUAUAUUGUGAAUUACACUAGUACUCUUUCAGUUUGAA